CUGACUCUGACUCAGAGACUCACUCCUCUAACUCUCUAACUCUCCAACUCUCUAACUCUCUGCUACCGCUUCUUGCCAUCUCUAAGUUGCUCUCCCUCACUAAUUACUAGCCGACUUUUCGCGACACGUGCGUGAAAAAUGGUCGCGAAAUACUCCCACUAUAUGUCUCCCACUACUCACUAAUUUAACUACUAUCACCACUACUAUCUCCACUAUCUCCACUACUAACUUGUACUAACUUGUCCUGACUCCCUAAAUGAAGUUCGGUAAGUAUCUUGCAUCGAGACAGCUUGAGUUGCCGGAAUAUUCCGGACAUUUCAUUGACUAUAAGGCGCUUAAGAAACUCAUUAAACAAUUAGCCAUCCCCACCACUUCAACUAAUGAUACUCGACCAUUAACUCAAGCAGAAAUUCAACAAACUCUUAAAGAGAAUAAAGCUCAAUUCUUCUUCCGAGUAGAACGAGAAUUGGAUAAAGUCAACUCAUUUUAUCUUGAAAAGCAGGCCAAUUUAGCCAUAAAUCUUGACUUAUUAAUGUUAAAGAAGAAUGAAUUAUUAAAUAAAACUAAUGAAUUUGUUAAAUUACAACAAAAUGAUUCGAAUUUAAUUAAUGCCAAUUUCCGUAAUUCCAUUUCCUAUUUAAAUUUAUAUCAAAACUUUAAAAAAAUCCAUCAAGAUUUAUUAAGAUUACAACAAUUUAUUGAAUUAAAUGAAACAGGCUUUUCUAAAGUAGUUAAGAAAUGGGAUAAACGAUCAAAAUCUCAUACUAAAGAAUUAUUUAUACUGACGGCCGUUAGUGUGCAACCGGUAUUUCAUAAAAAUGAAAUUAAUGAAUUAAGUGAUCUUGUAACUCAAUCAUUAUUUGAUUUAGAAUCAAUUAUGGAUGGAGAUUAUGCUUCCUUAAAGAAUUAUUCUUCAACCAGUUUAAAUCAUUCUCAAUCUCAAUUACAACAUCAGUUACUAUUACAACAGCAAUUGCAGGAUCAGGCCAAUUUCAGUCAAUCUUCUUCGUCAAAUAUUUCUCAACAUACUCCUCCUCCACUUCCUCAUCAACCUCAUCAACCUCAACCUCAACCUCAACCUCCAUUAAGUUUAUCCCGAACUAAUUCUACUUCAAAUUUAAAUUUAAAUAUAAAUAUUACUGAACAAUCAUUAUCCGAUAGACAUCAAUCUAUAAGUUCCUUACCUGGACCUAACAAUUUCCCCAGUUCUGGUAGAAACAUUUCUUAUUUACAGAAUAGUGAAAUCGAUGAAUUAUAUACAAGUUUUGUUAAUGUUGCAACUAUUAAAGAUCCAGAUUUGUCUUUAUUGGCUCGGUGGGUUGAUAAGGUUAAGUCUUCUUCAUAUUCAGGUCCAUCUUCUUCAUCAUCUACCACUACAAAACAUCGAGACUCCACUAGUUCAUCCCUAAGAGUUCCUCCUGGUAAUUCUACAAAUUCUACUAAAUCUUCUAAUCCACUUCCAUCAGUUACUCCUGAACCUAUUGAGAAAUCCAAUAAUACAAUAGGUGAUUCUCAACAACAACAACAACAACAACAACAACAACAACAACAACAACAACAACAACAACAACAACAACAACAAUUUAAUUCGGCUGCUAAGUAUAAACUAACAAAGAUAUUCUUACUUGCUGUGGCCAACCUUAAGAUUUCCGAUACUUUCUUAGAAUCAUUUCUUAAACUAAUUAAUUAUCUGAUUGACUUCAUCUUUGUCAAUGAUGAUUUCAAUAACAAUAAGAGUAUACUUCAUGAAUGUUGUGCUAUUCCACCGGCUUCAACUCAUGAAAAUCAUGUGGUAAUCAAUAAUGGAGUUAAAGUGGUUAAUUCCGUUGAUUCAAUUAAUCAUUCUCGAACAUUUAUAAUUCAACAUAUUAUGGAAAAUGUCACCUCUCAACAAAGAACUGCCUUAUUAAUUCGUAAAGAUUUUAAUGGAAGAACUUGUUUACAUUAUGCUGCCCAACAUAAUCGACUUGAUUUAUUAGAAAUCUUAUUGAGUUUCUUCCCCAUUGAUCAUAUUGAUGAUUUAGAUAUCGAUUCCAUGUCUCCAUUAUUAUUGGCUAUCAAACAUGGAUAUUUCCCCAUAAUUAAACGAUUAGUUCAAUCAGGUGCCAACUGUUUCCCACCGAAUGAUGAAAAUAAAUUACAGUAUUUACCCAUUAAUUAUGCUUGUAAGUUUGGGGAUUAUAAGAUUGUGGAAUACUUGUUAUCUAAUAAUAAGUCCAAUGAUCCCAAUUUAAUUAAUCAGCAGGAUGUUGAGGGUUUAUUACCAUUACAUGUGAUUUCUAGAACAGGACAUUAUAAAUUAAUUAAAUCAUUAAUUCAAUAUGGAGCCGAGAUUAAUAAGAUUGAUGGCUUAAAUAAAUGGACUCCCAUAUUCUAUGCUGCUUCAGAGGGUCAUGUUAAGACUACGCAAGAAUUAGUUAAGUUGGGGGCCAAAUUAAAUAUUGUCGAUGAAGAUGGUUAUAAUGUAUUGUACUAUUGUGUGGUAGAGGGUCAUAUUGAUGUGUUGAAUGAGUUAUUGAAUCAUUAUCGGACCAUCUCGAAGAGUGAGGUAAGAAAUACAAAGAUCAAUAGUAUGAAUAGUAUAGUCAGUGAAGAGAUCACGGCCACUAAGCAGCAGCAACACCAAGAACAGCAGCUACAACUGCAACUACAACAACUGCAACAACUGCAACACCAAGUGCAACUGCAACUGCAAAACCAACAACUGCAACUGCAUCAACAACUGGAUGGUAAGAGCAUGUCUAUCUUAGUAGAGAAUGACGAUGACUCAGAAGAUAGCGGCAGUGUAGAUAAGAAUAACGUCGACAAUAUACCUGAUCUACAAUUACCUCCCCCCAUAUUACCUCUCAGAAGGUAUGGGCAUAAUUUCUUAGAACAAAAAGUAUUAAUUGAAUUAAUAUUCCCCAAUGAUUCUGAUUUUAUUAAUUUGUUUAAUUUAACUACCGAUUUAAAACCCGGGAGAAUAACCAUUACUUCAAAUAUUUCUGAUAUUGUCCCUAGAAAUGUUUUACUCCCCGUAGGUGACGAUAAUAAAUCAAAUAAUAAUUGUGUAUUUCAAACAGAUAUUGAAUCAUUACAAGAAUUUCGAAUUGAUUUCGAAGUAUUUCCUAAAUUCGGUACUCGAUUAAUUGCUAAAACAACAGCUUUAUCAUUUUGUCAAAUUGAUACUUCCUCACCAGAAAUUAAUUCAAUUCAAUUACCUUUAUUUGAUUUAAGAUUAAGAAAUAUUGGAGAAUUGAAAUUUAAUUAUCAGGUGAUUUUCCCCUUUCUGGGCACUUUAUUGGAAACCUCCAAGUUUGAUACUUAUUGGAAAUCUUCUACUGGAUUUGUUAAGAAUAGACAGACUUUGAAAUUGAAUGCGGCUGGUGGGUUAUCUCCUAAUAAUUUCUUAUCACCCUCCAGUAUAAAUUCUUUAAUUGGGAAUGGGAAUGGAAAUGGCAGUGGAACUGGUUCUGGUAAAGAGGGUCCAGUAUUAAAUGCUAGUGGAAUCAUUGAUGGAGCCGUAACUUCAACUAAUGAAUUAGUUUCAAGUUCUGCCGCCCCCUCGUCAAUUGUAACUGCUACAUCAUUAUCCGGAGAAUAUCUUCGUAUUAAAGUAUGUUUACUUAAUGAUGGUACUCCAGUAGUAUGUCCUCAUUGGUCAAUAGCCAUUACGGAAAAUAUUGAUCUUUAUUUACCAAAUUUAUCAUUAGAACAAUUAAGUUCCAUAACUAAUGAUCUAUUUGACUAUAGUAAAGUAAUUCAUGAUUUAUCAAGAAUGAGUAUAAAAGAUAUUGGACUAAUUAAAAAAUUAUUAAGAAUAAUUUAUUUACCAUUAGAUAUCUUUUUAGAUGUAUUAAAUCUUGAAAUUAAUCUAAGUUUGGAAAUUAUUUAUCCAACAUUAUAUGAGUUAGCUCAUUUACCAUUUAUUGGAAAUAUUCAACUGAAUUUAGAUAAUUUCAUUAAUUUUACUUUAAAUGAUGUUUUCAAUCAUAUUAGAAGUUCAAAAUUAAAACAAUCAACACCUGGAAGAUCAAUUAUAUUUUUAUCAUCCAAUUCAUUAAUUUGUAAAAUUUUAAAUUGGAAACAACCCAAUUUUCCUGUGUUUUUAAUUAUGAGUGGUAUAACUUUUAAUACUAGUGCUAGAAAAUUUGAAUCAAGAUCUGCUAAUGGAUUACUUGUUGAUGAUAUAAGAAAGAAUAAUAGUAUAAGUCAUGAUUUAUCUUCCUCUUCAGAAACUAAAUCUUCUUCUUUAAAUAAAAAUUCUCGAGAUAAAAUUAUAAGUAAUCAUCAAGAAAUUACUAUUAGAUCAAUUAAAGAAGCCGUGAAUUUCACCAUUAAUAAUAAUUUAAUUGGUUUAAUAACUUCAAUUCAUUUAUUAGAUUUAGUACCUAAAUUAGUUCCUUUAAUUAGAUCUCGAGGGUUAGUAUUGGUGGCUUCAAGUGAUAGUAAUGAUCAAGAGAAUGAAGAAGAAAUUCAACGAGAAUUGGAUUCUUAUACUCGAGCAGAAAUCAAUGGACUUCGAUUCGAUGAUGUUUUAAGUUUCAAAGAGGAUAUCUCCAUGUAGAUUAUAUAUUAUAUAUUAUAU